AUGAUUGCAAAUCCAAAUUUACUAAAGGUUAAAGUAAGACUAUGUAGCUCUUUCUAGGUUUUGAUCAGUAGAAAACGAGUCUUUUACUGUUAAAGGUUGCUGACCCCAGUCAUAUAGGGUUCUAACUUAAACAGUAUUUUUGUGUUUUUUUUCUCCAGUUCCUAUGUGAGUCAUUUUUUUAAUUAACUUUUCCUUUGAAUGAAUACAGCCUCUGGUGGAGGGUAUUUUGGGGGUUCUGCACCCACCACUAGCUUUGUUCUGAUGUUUAUGUUGCUGAUUAUUUUUCCCACCUCCCCCACCAGCUCGCACGUGCUGCGUGCUCGCGCCUGAGAUCUGUCUCGUGCGUGUAGCCAUUGGUCUGUGAUGAUGUCACCGUCGGAGUGAAGACAAUAGAGCCCGCCUCCUCGGAGUGACACACACUUGUGACGGCAGCGCUCCUGAUGACAUCCGUCCGUGUGUCCGUCCGCUGAGAGCUGAGGCUCCUCUCUUUCCUCCCAGUGUUUUGUUUUUGUUUUUCUUCUUUUUUUAGCCAGUAGCAGACGCGGAAGCCGCUUCACUCCCGGACCAGCACGUCGGUUCGGGUCACCACACUCGUCCGUCCGUCCGUCCGCGCAGGAAUGGUGAACGCGCCUCGGAACUGCCUGCCUUGAUCUUUGCAUAAACCCAGAUGCCUCCCCUCCCUCUUGACGAGCGCAUAGUGGUCAUUCAGCGCCCUAAAAACCUAACUUUCUGUGAAGCGUCCCCUCAAACCGUCUCCCAACACUCGUCCCACAUUACCUCCUCUUCUAAUGGGCAGAGUUCUCAUCAUCCUCAUGUCCAGCCGCCUCAGUCCCAGUGUUACUUACCGUCCUACAAGCCUCAGAGUGUGGAAUGCAAGCGCAGGUCCUCCAGAGUGCAGAAGUUCAAGGGCGAACAGCCCGUCUUCCCACCAGUUGUCAGACACAUCCCAAGCCACUGCCACAGCAAUGGCACAGUAACGCUGGGCCCACGGCUGCCCUCCCACACACAUACCAUUGAUAUCAAGGUGAAAGUGGACAAAGGUGGGCGAGGAGUACCCAGCAACUCGUUAGGGCGUAGUGGAAGUUUAAAGGGUGGCAAAGGGAAAUGUGUCUCCAACCAGCUCGAACAAGGACAGUGUGAGAGGAAAACUGGAAGCACCGAGAGGCCAAGUGGAGCCGAGCACAAGUCGCAGCGAAUACGUCAGCUGUCGUCCGGCCCCGGAGGGGUCCUUCAGUUUGUUCCCGCCCAGGCGCAGCAGCAUAAUAUCCGAGGUGGAAAAGAGAAGGAGAACGCUAGCUUUCAAAACAGAAGCGAGCAGAAAUUUCCCUCUCUGAGUCACAAGAAGACAUCCAAGCUGGGAACUGCCCAUCAGAGCCAUAACAGCCACAGUCUGCCCUUCCAGCACAACACGGUCCCUGUGCCCCAUGCUGCCAUUGUAAACUUCAACCACCCUCCGUCCUUUUCUGCCCAGUCCUCACAUGUCCCACCCUCUACCCAGCAGUUUGGCCAGGCUCAGCAGCCUCGCUCCAGGGAUCAGCGCCCUCAUAUUUUUCAAGGUCUUCCCCUCUCCCCUUGCUCCUCCAACGCCGGAGGGUUCCCCAGCCCUGACCACACUUGCACCAUCGACUGUAGGCACCCCUUUAUUUGUGGCUGCUUGCGGCUGGUGAGAUGUGGGGCGUGUAAAGGGGAUUCCUCUAGUUUCCGAGGGCGGGGAGGAAGCACCUCCACCUCAUUUUCCUGCGGUCCUCAUGUUGGGGCAGUGAAAGGAGGCAGCAAGGAAAUGAGCCUAAGAAAUCUGGGUGGGUGUCUGUCCACCACAUCCACAUCCAACACGUCUUCAUCCAACAGCACUGUGUCCGACUGUCGAGCGAACCUGUUCAAACCUCUCCGAUGUGCCUCCUGCUCAGGUGAGGCCAGAAACUUUGAGAGUCCUGCAAUCCUUCGCAAAAAACUAGGAGGAUGCUUACCUUGCACUCCUUUGUCCUCCUCAGCCCCACUGCGGGCAAUACAGAGCUGUGUCAUGGGCUGCAACCCCAAAGCCUCUCAGACGGGUAGUUCCACUUGCAGCUACUGCAGCAGUGACCCCAUAGUGGUGACUUACAACCCUCGUCGUGGCAAACCUCCAGGAAGAAGUAUUGGAGGGCCUCAUCCAAUGGCUAUGUUCCACCCCAAUGGCGAUGACUACAGUGCACGCAGUAAAUGGCCUGAAGAUCUGGCCAACAAGAUGACCCAGUCAAAGGGCCAAAAGAGCAACUCAGGUUUAGGAGUAGGACUCGGAAAAAGCUGUGCAGGCCAGAAUCAGGGCGGCAACAACAGGACAGGCCCAGUCCUCCUGGACUGUCAGAACCUCCAGGAUUAUGCCCAGAAGCAUUUUAUAGACCUGGCUGGCAGGAGGCAGUUUCAACAAGGCAAAAUGUCAACAAUUGACUUUGUGGGCUCCAGACUGGGAUUGAGAUACGAGGAAGGGCGCAGUUCACUCAAGAGACUCUUGACUAAAGCGGAAGAAGCAGGUUUCAGCGACGGCCCUGACCAAGACGAAACAACGCCAUAUCACAGAUCCCCAUCCCCCCGCUCAGUGUCCUUGCCAUCCCCCGUUUCAUUUUCUCCCCCACCAUCCGCUCCAAGCACACUCAUUAAGCCCAAGCCUUGGCAGAGAGACAGGGAUGGAGGACACUCACUACCAUCGGCUCAGUCCCUUCACCUGGCCCUGAACUCCCUGAACCGGGAGCAAGAUGAAGAGAACAAUCGGAUGCGCCUCUCCCUUCCCCUUUCCUCGUCUUUGCCAGCGUCGUUGUCCGAUGAGACGGUGAUGACUCCCGAUGCUGAGAACGCCGUCAUCAGUGCGAUACUGCCCUUCCUGUUCCUGGGAAAUGAGAGGGACGCUCAGGACCUGGACCUGCUGUUACGCCUCAACAUUGGCUAUGUGGUCAACGUGACCACUCACCUGCCGCUCUACCACAUCAACUCGGGACUACGCUACAAAAGGCUCCCAGCCACAGACAACAGCAAGCAAAACCUGCGGCAGUACUUUGAGGAGGUUUUUGAGUUCAUCGAGGAGGCGUAUCAGAGUGGACAAGGAGUGCUGGUGCACUGCCAAGCGGGCGUGUCCCGUUCUGCGACCAUCGUCAUUGCCUACCUUAUGAAGCAUACCCUCAUGACCAUGACAGACGCCUACAAAUACGUGAGGAGCCGGCGCCCCGUCGUGUCGCCCAACCUUAAUUUCAUGGGCCAGCUUUUGGAGUUCGAGAGGGACCUCAACUCGGGCUUGACUCCUCGGAUCUUGAUGCCUAAACUAGAUGGUGUAGAGACACAGGUUUGAGAGGGGUCAUCGUAGCAUAGCUGUAGCAUGAAACAAGUGUUUUUAAAAAAAUUACAGGAUUAGAAACAUUCAACGUGGUAAACAUUGGUGUGUUGAACAUAAAAGAGCACUUUGAAUACUGUGAAACAUGAAAUCGGGGACUGGAUGGCCCAUUUGUUUAAGCUGUAAGUCUUAGACAGCCUGUUCCCCGUACAGUGUACCGUUUAUAUUAAUAUGGUAUGUGCCAAACUUUUGUAUAGCUCAAACAUUGCUCAGAUUUUUCUUUUUUUAUGUUUUCUCAAAUACAUCUUCCUUCUAAUUCCUUUCGUUUACAUUCUCAGACACACACAAAAAGUCUGGAUCAUGCAGAACAUGAACAAAGAUCUCUUCAUCCACAACAACAGUCAUUUUUACCAUAUGUAGCAGCACACAGAUCCUCUCAAAGCACUUUAUUCACCACGCUUCCGUUUAUUAUCACCCGCUCAACUAUCAGAAACUAGAAGUUUUUAGCUACUGCUCUGUGUAUAAAUAUAUAUACAAAUAAUACACUGUUUUAUGAUUUAGGGAGUGUGCUGUGCAGCAACAUAGACCUACCUAUCACCGAAGAAAUGGUUUUAAUUAACUCAUUAACGGUGUUCAUAUAUUCAUUUGAAUAUUUGGAGAAAUUACUUAAAUAUUUAUGAAGCACUACUGAGUUAAUCAUGUUUUUGAAGUAAUUUUCAGGAUCUUGUGCUUCAAAGUUUGUUCACCAUUUCUGCUGAUGUUUAGGCUAAUAAAUAUCUUUGGAAGAGCACACAGUCAUUUAACAAUUAACAACCUGAUGAAACUCUUUGCUUCAAAAAUUAUUUCGUUUUGUUUACCUUAGAAAAGGACAGAUUUUGUAAUAUAAUCUUAGAUGUAUGGUUCUGCGUUCUAGGAUGUAAAUCAAACCAGAAAUUCCCUAAUGCUGCAGUUCCUCAACUGACCAGUGUAGGAUAGUGGCAAAAAAGGAGCCGUUUCUCAUUUUUAAUAAAAACAUAGCAAUACAGUUUUGUAAAUCAGACUUUUUUUGUUGCGCCCCUUCUCUCUCUAUGCCCCCGCAUGGAGAAAUGGCAUCAGCCAAUUCCCCCCAAAAAUCCUGAUAUGCUGAAGAAGGUAAUCGCGGAGGAUAAAUAUCAUCCCCAGCAGGUGUUUAUUAUUUGAUGAAGGAAAAAACUUGCGUUUAUGAUUUUAAGGCGCAGACUGACAGAGUGCCACUCCUCAUCUGCAUCAUGAAGUACGCCGUCACCGCGGUACCGUCUUUUGUUCUGAAUUUAAAAAAAACUCUUUAUGUUGAGGAAUACUCCAAUACUCUUUAAUAAAUGUUGUAGAAAGCAUGAUCCGAAGUGUUUUUGAUGAGAAUGGACCAGUAACAGACAUUCUUUUGCCACGGGGGUGGUUCUCCAUAUUCGGCAUAUUUGUAGAUUGUUUAACUGUGCUUGGCUCCAGUUUUUUGCAUAAAGGCAUUACCUCCAAUGAAAACAGAAUAAUAAAGAAUUAGAAGAAUAAAAAUAAGUUGCUGUGAAAUCUAGUGUUUUGUAGUGCUAUAAAAUAAAGACAUGCAUUUCUAUGAUGAAGAAUAUCAUCGCUGAACGCAGAACCGUGUAUCUAACUUUUUUUCUGAUUCGUUCUAGCAGUUCAGAAUCAUCCUAAUAUUAAAUGUGGUUACUCUUCCAGCACAUGACAAACUUAAUACAACUGUCUAAACUGACUAAAAAGUUGACUCGUAUGUUUACACCUUUGCGAAGCAGAGCAGUUUGAAACCUCUUUUUGGUAUUAAUGGUAAAACCAUUCUCUCUAAACUCCACGAUGAGGCCACAUGGUUAACUGUGUCUAUGCAUUAUUGCUACAUAAGGGUUCUGGUUUAUUGGGGUCUGAUUCACUGUGAGCCCCUCUUUCUACAUUACAUUUGAGAUGAGGCUGGCCUGCAGUCCUGCCUUUAAAAA